AUGUAUAAAUGCAUGAAUGUUAAUCGUUUUCAUUUCAUUGAAGGUGAUACUGAUUCAUCUUAUUGGGCAAUCGCUGGCGAUCCAAAUCUUCCUAACACUCAAGCAUUUCAAGCAAUUGUUACCGAUAAACAAUUUUAUGAUAAAAACAUUUUCAAAUUCGCACCAUUUGAUUUCUUCUGUUUUGAUGAGAAAUUUAAACCUAAAUUAAAGAAUAAAGCUGAAGAAAAAGCACAUGAGAAGAAGUUAUUGGGUUUAGCAAUUGAGAAACAAGGUGAUAACAUGGUUGCUUUAUGCCCCAAGUGUUAUACAUCAUUCAACGGUUCAAUUGAUGGAAGUGAUUUUAAAAAGAUUGCACAAAAAAUGAAAGGUGUUAGUUUACGACAAAAUAAACAAUUAACACCUAAAAAUUAUUUGGAUAUAAUAAAUGAUAAAGUGAUAUUUGAUGGUCAGAAUAUUAAUUUACAACUUAAAAACGGGUCAAUGACUCGCUUAACAAUCGGUAAGACUGCAUUAACAGGAGCACACACUAAGGCUGUAUGUUGUGAAAAUGGAUGUUGUAUGCCAUUUAUUUAA